AUGAGGUUCCUACUAUCACUUUUCAUCCUUCUCAAUACUUUCCUCUUCGCUCAUGGUCUUCUUACAGACACAGCCGCAAAGGCAUUAUUGAGAAUCAAGGCUCGACAACAUGAAACCCCGAGAACUUCUUCACCUCAGGACCGUGUCCACAUCACGGCUCGAGCUACUAUCUCCCGAUACACGGACAUCAGAGGAUUCCCUGAUUCGCCCUCUCAACCGAUGAGCGCAACGGACCAAGCGACUGUCGAUAGAGCGAUCCAACAAGCGCGCCUCAUUGGACGAAGUCUGCUAUCCAUUCGGCGUGGUGAUGCGUUGUAUGCUCGCAUAAUGGGAGACCCUGAGUUUGAGCUUUACGAUAUCGUGAUGCAACAAGUCAGAAGAGUAGUCAACAUACUCGGAAAUGCUGAUGAUGCUCUUCCUGGAGGGGAAAGACAAGAGGACAUAGUCAACAGGGAAUUCGUAGUCUUGCGCGAUUCCAUUCGCCGCCACCCUCCUCCAGGAACAGACCCAGAAGACGUGGCCGCUACAGUUAGAGGACGUCUGAUCAUCCUGUUCGACGCGUGGUUCGACCUUCCUGAAACGCUAUUCACUCCCGGAGUCGAGAGGGACCUCAACAAUGCGGAAGUGCUCGAUAGAGCUGCUGAGAGCCAGGGUUCUGUAAUGUUCCACGAACUUUUGCACACUGUCUCCCAAGGGCAGCCUCAACUCAACCAGAUUCUGGAACGUGCGAGAAACGCCGGCGCCGUAAUACGAGGGAUAUCAGCCGAACGAAUCAGGAUCACAGAUGUCGCACUGAACUCUUUCCGUCCGGCGGAUAGCGAUGCGCGCGGAAUUCGUCGUGAUGCUGAAGUCAUUGGGAUUGGGAUUGAUCCCAAUGCAAGAGCAUACCGAUCUGACCUCACAUCCAGACUGGCGGGUCUCACUUACGGGAGAUAUGCCGCUGCUCUGAAUGCAGACAGUAUUACUUUGAUGGCCGUCGCUGCCGUCGUUAACUUUGUUAACACCAACUUCCACCCUUCAGGCACCGGCCCCUUUCCUCCCGAUCCUCCCAACAUGCCUACACGGCAGCACAGCAUUUACAACGAUGAGGAGUUUGCAAAUAACGCCCUGCAGAGACUGAGUCAGAACCGUCCUAUUCGAGGAAGCUUGACCUAUCUGGAUAAGGUUACAAAUGGUUGGUUGAGAAAGGACCAUGGAGGUCUUUGA